CCAUCAACAAUAAAAAAACAAAAGAAAGAACCAUUGACGAAAAUAAAAAUGGCGUAGAAUGUUAUUACAAAAUAUGGUGUGAUAAUGUGUUAGUGUGAUAUGAUUUUUGUAGUCUGAAAUUAGAUUUGUAUGAAUGGCUGUAAAAUUUGAAAUAUUUGCAAAAACUAUUUAGUUUUUGCGUGAAAAUGUUUUCAACGGACUAUACUGAAGUUAAAUCGUGGCUUCAACUUCACAUUCAGUGACACAACAGUACACAAUAAAUAAAGUAAACAAUGGAAAAUCAAAGGCAGGCUAAGUGGGAAUCUCUUGCAACUAUUAAAUCUUUUGAUUUAGGAUUGGCCCAUAGCAGUCAUCAUGACUCAUUUUUACAUAAGAGUAUGCAGCAAGUUGAGAUUGUCAACUCCACAGCCACCACUCCAAUUAGUCUACUUGUUCAAUCCCUAGUGAAACAGCUGUGUUCACUCUUAGAGAAAGAUAAUGUUAGAGCCAAUCAACUCUAUAAUACAAUUUGUGAAAAAUUGCACAGUAUGAACCUAAUUGAUAACUCAUAUGCUAUGGGAGAGUUCGAGGUUAUGAGGAGUCAGUAUCAGAGGGCUUUGUAUCAACUGGUGACUGUUGCAACUGGGUCAGAAAUUCCAAUAACCCUACCAGCAACGUGGCCUAUCCUUCAACCAUCAGGCCUGGAAUGGUCCCGUUAUCAUAGAGAGUUUGAGGAGCUGUACUUCAUAGCGGGUGGUGGGUUUGGUAGUGUUUUCAAAGCCAGACAUCGCUUGGAUGGUGUUGAAUAUGCUGUAAAAAAGGUUUACAUAAAGUCCAGUGAUGUCAACUCGAUUAUGAGUCACUUAUCAGAAGUAAAGACGAUAGCGAGUCUUAACCAUCCUAACAUUGUCAAUUAUAAAGCGGCUUGGCUAGAACCUAUGAUAGAAUCGAAAGUUAAAAAGAAGGGGAAAGGUAAACUUCAAAUGGACAUGGACAGUGAUGAGUUUUCUGCCUCAGACAUCAUUUCCUCAGCGCACCCAAACAUAAUCACUUCAUUCAAAACCCAUAACUCAAAAGAGCUUUACCACAACCACCAUACAAAGUCUGACUUUACAAUUUCCUUUAAAAACUCAAACAGCCUGGAAGAAACCGAUAAUAGUUCAACCGAGGAGUUCAUUGAUUCUGACAGCGAUGAUGAUAGUCGACCAGAAAAUGAGGAAAAUGCUUUAUGCAAAGUGUUCGGGAGCAACAAUUUUGAAAAUUGUUCUCGAAUCAACUUAAAAUGGGCGACACUAUACAUCCAGAUGACAUACUGCGAGCAAACACUGAGGCAGUGGUUAGACGAACGCAAUAAUCGUGUCAUAAUAACCAGGAAAGGGUCAGAAGAUCUGACAUUCCAUGCAGACUCGCCUGUGUUGGACUCUCCACUAAGUGCAGAAUUCAAUUAUCCAGUUGCUUUUACACACAUUGAUCUUCUCAUGGACAUGUUUACACAGUUGGUCAGUGGACUGCACUAUAUCCACUCCCGAGGUAUUAUACAUCAUGACAUCAAACCAAGUAAUGUAUUUGUGGUGAAGAGUGAAAGUGGUGUUAAAGUUUUGCUGGGAGAUUUUGGACUGGCCUGUCCCUUACAGCAGUCCCACAGUGGCUUGGCUUUGGGAACACAUUUGUAUGCAGCCCCUGAACAAAUUGAUGGACAAUGCAACCCUAAGAGUGAUAUGUACAGUCUUGGCAUAAUACUUCUGGAAUUGGUGGCACCAUUUAGCACAGAUAUGGAGAGAGUGAAGACUAUCGAAGACCUACGCAAGGGCCAGAUUCCAGCACAUUUGACUGCCAAUUACCCUAAAAUAGCACACAUCAUAGGCAAGCUUGUACAGAGAAGACCGAGAAACAGAUUGGACACCAAUCAGCUUUUGGAAGAACUUAGAAAUUUGUCAGAAAAUAAAGAUGAUACUAUAAGGAACUUGAAAGAAGAAUUGGCAGCAAAAGAUGAUGAAAUAGCUCAAUUGAAAAUGAUGCUCGCCAAAUUUAACUACAAAUCGUAGGGAGUAUAGGCCAAACCACCAGUGAUCAGUAUUAAGUGAAAUUGGAAGAGUUAUGUGAAUGUACACCUAAUCAGUUCAUUCAUAUGUUUGUCCCACAAUUGUAGCCCAUAAAAAAUAUGAUACAGCAUUAAUAUGAUAUAACAGAACAUCACUCGUGGCAAGACCUAUACUUAGUGUGUGUAUGUUUUGUGUGUUUGAUUAGUGUAACCAAUUAUAUUUAAUUUUACUUAAUUUUGAAGUAUUAAUCAAUUUGUUUAAGUGAAAGUGAUACCAAAACGCCUUCAUUAUUUUAUGGUAUCAUUUUAAAAUAAUGUAAUUUUAAUAUAUUUUUUUUAUAAUCAUUUUAUUUUAUUUCAUGAUAAAAAGUUGAGGGCCUCUUAAAAUUGUGGGUGUAUAAUAGAAGAAUCAUUUAACUUUGACCAUGGCUUUUUAUACCAUUUUGCGAGAUCCAUAGAUUUAUUGUAUUUAAAAG